AAAUUCUACUUUUUAGGCAGUAACUCAUUGACUACUAUGACUAGCUACACUUUUUAAAUAGAGAUUCGAUACGAUUAGUCUUUAACCGAUCAAGUUCGGAGGAAAUACUCAACAAAAAAAAAACAUGGAAGAUACUUAAGGGAGAAAAAGCAAACUAAUUAGCCAAUUAAGUCUUCCUAGUCAUUAGUCAACGAUGCAAACUUCUCAAAUAAUGAGUUGUUGAUCUUGGUUCCGAGAAGCAAGCAAGCUGCUUCUCACUUCUCAGCACUGAGGCGCAAGUAAAAUUCGACCUUUAUCAGUUAAAAUCACCUGCAUGGCAUUCACCCUGUUACUGUAGUUACCCAUGGCACAGCCUGCAGAAAUAUCAUCAUCUUCCUUCACCGGUGAGUGGACUUAUGAUGUUUUCCUCAGUUUUAGAGGGCAAGAUACCCGCCACAAUUUUACUGGUAAUCUCUACCAUUCUUUGGAUCAAAAGGGAAUACACACCUUCAUCGAUGAUGAAAGCCUUAGAAAGGGAGAAGAAAUUAAGCCAUCCCUUCUCAAAGCAAUUCAAGAAUCUAGGACCGCCAUAGUUGUUUUCUCAGAAAACUAUGCGUCCUCAACUUAUUGUUUGGAUGAACUUGUCGCAAUUCUUGAGCAUUUGAAAGCAGAAGGUCGACUUGUUUGGCCUAUCUUUUAUGAUGUGGAUCCAUCCGUUGUUCGACAUCAGAGGGGUAGUUAUGCAGAAGCUUUAGCAAAACAUGAAGAAAGGUACCAAGAUGACAAGGGCAAAGUGCAAAAAUGGAGGAAAGCUUUGCUUGAAGCAGCUAACUUGUCUGGUUGGCAUUUCAUACAGGGGUCUCAAACAGAAUAUAAGUUUAUUACAAAUAUCAUUAGAACUGUCUCCGAAAAGCUCAAUCACACUCCUUUACAUGUUGCUGACAACCCAGUUGGGCUAGGAUCACUGGUGCUUCAAGUGAAAUCUAUUAUGGGAAUUAGCUCUAGUGAGAGAGUUAAGAUGAUCGGAAUUUGUGGGACUGGUGGAAUAGGUAAAACAACAAUUGCACGAGCUGUGUAUAACCUGCUCGCUGACCAAUUUGAUGGUUUGUGUUUUCUUGCGGACAUCAGAGAAAAGGCGAUUGAUAAGCAUGGCCUUGUACAGCUGCAGGAAACACUACUUUCUGAAAUACUUGGAGAGAAAGAUAUUAAGAUUGGAUGUGUCAAUAAAGGGAUUCCACUAAUAAAAAGGAGGCUCCAAAGAAAGAAGGUCCUAUUGGUACUUGAUGAUGUGGACAAUCUUAAACAGUUAAAGGCAAUUGCUGGAGGAAAUGAUUGGUUUGGCUUUGGUAGUCGAAUCAUUAUCACAUCUAGAGACAAGCAUCUGUUAAGUGCUCAUGGGGUGAGUGAGUUUUAUGAGGUUAAAGAGUUAAGUAAAAGAGAUGCACUUGAAUUGUUCAGUUGGAAUGCCUUCAAAAGCAACAAAGUUGAUCCAGGUUAUGCAAAAAUUUCAAGCCGUGUCCUGUCGUAUGCCGGUGGUCUUCCUUUAGCUCUGCAAGUAAUUGGUUCCAACUUGUAUAAUAGAGGCAUUGAUGAAUGGAAGUCUGCGCUAGAUAAAUAUGAAAGAAUUCCUAAUAAAGAGGUUAAUGAAAUACUUAAGCUAAGUUAUGAUGGUCUGGAGGAAGAUGAGAAGAAUAUUUUCCUUGACAUUGCUUGUUUCUUCAACAAAUACAAAAUGUCCUAUGUCAGAGGAAUGCUACAUGCACAUGGUUUCCAUCCAGAACAUGGCAUUCGAGUUUUGGUUGACAAAUCUCUUGUGAGUAUUGAUAGAAAUGAUUGUCUGAGAAUGCAUGACUUGAUUCAGGAUAUGGGUAGAGAAAUUGUUAGACAGGAAUCUCCUUCUCAGCCUGGCAAACGUAGUAGAUUGUGGUUUGAUGAGGAUAUUUUUCAAGUUUUGCAAAAUGAGACGGGUACCGAUAAAGUCGAAGUCAUAAUUUUGAACUCAAGCAGACAGAAAGAAGUGUGUUGGAAUGGGAAUGCAUUCCAGAAGAUGAGGAAUCUUAGAGUUCUUAUUGUUGGGGAUGCAUACUUUUCUACAGGUCCCAAACAUCUCCCAAAUAGUUUACGGGUUUUGGAUUGGGUCGGAUAUCCAUCAACAUCUUUACCAUCUGGUUUUAAUCCUACCGAGCUCUCCAUACUCAGCAUGAUUAGUAGCUGCCUUAAAUUCGACAAACCACUCAAGGUGUUUUGUUCUUUGAGUUUUAUGAAUUUUGAAGAUUGUAAUUUGUUAAGACAAGUACCCAGCCUUUUUGGACUCCCAAACUUAAGGGCAUUGUGUCUUGAUAAUUGCACCAAUUUAGUUAAAGUUCAUUAUUCUGUUGGAUUUCUUAAGAAACUCAUUUUGUUGAGUGCUCAAGGAUGCUCCAAGCUCCAAAGUUUUGUAAGUGCCAUUAAUUUGCCAUCUCUUGAGACUCUAGACCUAAAGUGGUGCACAAGUCUUGAGAGUUUUCCAGAAGUACUAGGACAAAUGGAAAACCUCAAAGAGGUUUAUUUGGACCACACUGCCAUAAAAGAAUUUCCAUUUUCAAUCCACCGUCUGAUUGGGCUUGAACGGUUGUUCCUGAGGAGAUGCAAAAAUCUCAACCAACUUCCAGUCAGCAUUAGUUUAUUACCCAAACUUGAGGUGUUGAUUGAUUACAAGGGCAGAGGAUAUCGAUUGUAUGAACCACACAAAGCUGAAGAAGCCCUGAUGUCAAAAGUGUUCGUAUCUCCCUCUUUAGAAGUGGAUAAGGGAUAUAUGCUUCCCUUUGCCAAAGCAUAUUGUAUAACGAUGAUUGACUACAAUGUCAUCCAAGAAUAUCCACUAUCCGGCAUUGUUUUGCCUGAAAAACACGUCCAUUUUGGGAGUGGAUCAUCUGUUUCGUUUUGGUUUCGUGAAAGAUUUCCAAAGGUCACAAUCUUGCUUAUUGCAGAACCUUCUUUAUACAUUGAAAUCAUGCAUACUUCAGUGUGUGAGUUCAGAUACUCGGUGGUCAUCAAUGGAAUCAACCAAUUAAAUUCUUCAUGUGAUUACAUCAUUUGUGAGACGCGGAAAUUGUGUCUGACUAUUUUUCUGGGAGACCUUCAACGCCUGAUUGAGGAGGGUGCUGUCAAAAGAGUGUUUUCCGUUUCCAAGGAUGAACAGAAUCACGUUGAGGUUUCAUGCGAACUAAAAUAUCACAUGCCAUAUGAUCCUAAGCAUGUAAGUGAAGGCCAAAACAGAAGCAUAGAAGGAACAAUAAAGCAAAGCACCGUUCAUGGGGACAUGCAUGAUAUCCUAUUAUAUCUAUCUCCCUACUGCAAGAAUAGUUUCCGCUGCUACUACCAAAGCAAAGCACUUCAAAAAUACAUGAGAAGAAAAGAAAAGCAGGCACAACAUAUAAGUGGACAACAUAUCAAUAGAAGAUUCACGUGGAAGUGGUCAAGCCCACUUGGCAAGACUAUGCUAGGCGACAAAGACAAAAUAUGAGCGAAGAAUAGAGGCAGCAACAUCUCGCCAAGAGACGUGGCAGUUACCGACACCGACAGAGUAUCAGACGUUCAACUAAUAUGACAACACCAUUAGAAGAUAUCACAAGUUAUAUUUUCAGUUAAUAAAUUUAGAGGAAUGUUAGGGGGCCAGCAACUUUUGUGAUUUGUAGCCAUCAAAUAGCCAUCAAUGAUAGUUUUAAUGGUGUGAGAUUGGUGUGAAAUUUCAUCACAUGAGUCACUUUUCUUUGCUGGUUACAUACUUGCCAGAAUUUAACAAAAUUGCUGGCCCCUAGACUUUUCCAUAAAUUUAUAUUGUUAGUAUAUCAUUUAAUAUGAAUUAUUUUUAUUUUCAUGCUAAUAAUAAAAAAUUUUUAAAUAUUCAAAUACUCAUAAUAAUAGUAGAGUUGGUUCAAGUAAUAGAUCGAAUGGUC